ACCUCCGAGCCCCUGCUCCAGAGCAGAAGCACCGCAGACCAGGAGCACAGCAUGGAGGGCUUCUACCAGCAAGCUGUUCUUCAGAUGGAAGGCCUCCACCACCAGGACUCAAAGCCUCCGCGUUCCCCCAAAGCUUCCCUCUCCAGCUCAUGCAAUUCCAGUCAGACUGACUUUAAUGCACAGCUGGGUGCUAAAUGUGAAGAGAGAGCCAGCUGCAGUUCACACACCGGCCCACUUGUUAAGACCAAUGUGUGCCUGGUAUCUGCAGGCUCCUUGUCCACCUUAGGGGUGGAUGAAGUUGAUGUCCCAGCGGCUCAACCAAGGCGCUGUCACAGUAUGAGCUACAGGACUAACCCUUACACAAAGCGAACUGGUAGGUGCAUGCAGAGAGAGCACAUUCAGGCCAAUCAGCUUGAAGUCACCCUUGUGGAGGUGAGCUCACAGGUUUGUGUAAACGUUCUUGGACAGGUUGCCGACUCUGCAGAGCAGACUCACCAAAGCUGGCCUCGGCUAGAUCUGGGCAACGGCAGACGAUACCUGAAACUGGAGAACAAAGAAGACUCGGUGGAAAAACUGCUGGACCAGUUGGAGCACCAGUGCUCUCAGGGGGAUACGAGUUUUGGAUCUGGGCCUUUCCAGUGAUGCUGCAAACCCAGAAUGGAAUAUCGAUAUCUCGAUUUGAUUUUAGUUUUCACUUCUGUGCAGGGCAGAGAAUAACCGAGGAAUAUUUGGAGUA